GCUGAAAAUAGGAAGUGGAAUCUCCUCACUGGUUUCUUACGUUUCUCAGGUUUUUUUUUUAAGUUAAUCUUCAGUCGAGUCUUUAGUUUUUGCAGCGGCUCGGUUUCGGUCGUUGCAGCCGGUUCCGGUUCGGGCUCACCGGUCGCAGAACGAGGCUGUGGGCUUAGCUGCAGGCUGAACUCAGUUGUUGACUGUUUGCCAGUGUCCAAAGGUUCUGCCCUGUUGUCACUGAAGUGUGCAGCACCACCGUUUGCCUGCGGUCAAGUUCAGGGCUUUUGCGUUUUCAGAUGACUUCCCUUUGGCAAAAUGUCCAAGCUGUGCACCAGAGGAUCGUGGACAACGGAGAUAAGAGGACGGACCCGUGGCUGCUGGUCUACUCCCCCGUCCCAGUGGCCCUCAUCUUCCUGGUUUACCUCUGCCUGAUUGGGGCCGGGCCCCGUCUGAUGAGACACAGGCAGCCCGUCGACCUCAAAGUCGUUCUCAUAGUUUACAACUUCGCCAUGGUCGGCCUGUCUGCCUACAUGUUCUAUGAGUUCCUGGUCACAUCCAGCCUCUCAAACUACAGCUUCCUCUGUCAGCCUGUGGAUUACAGCAGCAGCCCCCUGGCAAUGAGGAUGGCCAGAGUCUGCUGGUGGUUCUUCUUCUCCAAGGUCAUCGAACUCAGUGACACGCUGUUCUUCAUCCUGAGGAAAAAGAACAACCAGCUGACGUUCCUUCACAUCUACCACCACGGCACGAUGAUCUUCAACUGGUGGGCGGGAGUCAAGUACGUGGCUGGAGGCCAGUCCUUCUUCAUCGGCCUCGUCAACACCUUGGUGCACGUGGUGAUGUACUCCUACUACGGCCUGGCUGCCAUCGGCCCCCACAUGCAGAGGUACCUGUGGUGGAAGCGAUACCUCACGUCUCUGCAGCUGGUGCAGUUCCUGAUGUUCCUCCUGCACACGGGCUACAACCUGUUCGCCGACUGUGACUUCCCCGACGCCAUGAACAUAGUGGUCUUUGGCUACUGCAUCACACUCAUCAUACUCUUCAGCAACUUUUAUUUUCAGAGCUACCUCAAGAGGAAGAAGCAGAAUUAAAGGCGGGUGGGUGAGAAAUGAAAGAAAUGAAGAUGGCAGAAGGAAAAAUGAUUGUAUAGAUGCUCACAGAACCUGAUGAGCCAGUGUUUCACCCCGAGCCUGGUUCUGAUGGACCAUGUGAGGCAGGUACCAUGGUGCUUUAGAAAUAAACUGAAAAAAUGAAUUAGUAAAGGGACAUUUGCAUUUCGAUUGGUGAAAAACAUAAGUAAAAAGGGUCCGUAAAUGGAGCGGGUCAGUGAAUCAUUCAGUGAUCAUUGCAGUCAUGUGAAUCAGAUGCUAAUGAAGUCAGAGGAUCCAGCAGUUUUCUCCACCACCAGCAUCCAAAUAAGGAAUCAAGCCUUUAGUAGAAUGUGAUUCAUCCAUCCAGUUCAAUCCAGAGAAUUACACUAUCAAUUAAGCUCCCCCACAAUACCAAGACGCUUUGUGUCGGUUUUUCCUCUGCUUUAUCGCCCGUCUGUACCCCUCUGUCUGCAGUGCUCAGCGGUGGCCGCUGGAGGGCGCACCACGACCACAGUCUGAAGGUUUUCUCGGUUAAGCGCUUGAAUCAACUAGUGUGAAAUAAUUCAACUCGUUUGUGUUAACUUGUAAAAUAACAAAGCGUACAAGACGCUGCUUGAUCAAAUAUUUAUUCCUUAAAUUUGAUAAAUGACAAACAUUCAAAUGACCGUUGUAAACAAACUGUACAUUUUAUACAUAUAAUAUAAUAAAGUAAGUUGGUGUCUCUGCAAGAGCCCAAACCCUCCUCAGGAAACAAAGGCAAAAUCACUUAACAACAAAAACAGAGGAAGGCGAACAUCUUUCCCCACUGCUACAAUAACACAGCAACAAAUGAUAUAUUCUUUUCAACACUAAAAUAGAUUUAAAGGGUGUAGAUUUGAGAGAGAAGAGGGUGAAAGGAGGGAGACGACUUUCCAUUCAAAAUUCACUCGGGUUUUUGCGAUGUUAAAGCUGGAAACACUGCUUGUGCAAGUUCAGUUUGGUUGUGCUGUAAGUGUGCAAAUCUGAGCUGGUGAUGGAGUUUCAAUAAAUGACGUCCUGAA